AGGCGCGCUCGUUCUCAGUCUGCGCACAUCUCGCACUUGGCCAGCAUCACUUGGAGUCCACAGACACGGCUCUGAUUGAGCCUCCUCACCAGAGCGGAGGUCCACGCCGCUCCACCCUCAGCCACACACAAGCCUUGUAAGAGUCGCACCGUCAUCCGCGCAACAAUUGGAGGACUGUGUGAGGAGAAUUGCUUUUAUUGAUUUGGGCUUUUUUGUUUUGGUUUGAAUUUUGGCAGUCUGGAUUGGAGCUGGUGUAAAAGUGUUUAAGGCACUGUGGAGAUUUCUCUCGAGUCGUUCAAGUGAUUUACGGGAGGAUUUCUAACUUUUCUCGUGGUGCAGAAGCGGUGGAAUUUUCUGAGCGGAGCCCGGACGAGAGCGCGCUGCGCGGGGGAGCUGGCUGACCCACAGAACCGCACCGAGAUAAGGUUAUGACGGAGCACAGCUGAACAUGGAACUUUUUUGGAUUUUGUUGUUUUCUACCAUCUAUCCCUUUGCUCGCUGCCAAGGUGUUUACGCUCCUGCCAACGCCCAGAUUGUGCACUCGGGUGCCGCGUGCAACGUCAAGGACGAUAACAUCAGUGAGAGGAUCUACACCAUCAAAGAGGGAGACACUCUUGUGCUUCAAUGCAUCGUGAAAGGACACCCAAGACCGCAGGUACGAUGGACGAAGACAGCCGGCAGCGCCUCCGAUAAAUUCCAGGAGACGUCCAUCUACAAUGAGACGUUGCGCAUCGAAGGCAUCCAGAGGGUGCAGGGGGGUCGCUACUACUGCAAAGCCGACAACGGGGUGGGGGUGGCUGCCAUCAAGUCCAUCCGUGUAGAUGUGCAGUACCUGGACACACCAGUUCUGACCGUUCACCAGACCAUCAGUGACGUGCGCGGCAGUUACUACCAGGAGAAGACCGUGUUCCUUCGCUGCACCGUCAACUCCAACCCGCCCGCUCGCUUCAUCUGGAAGCGUGCAAACGUGCUCAUCGAACAAAGCAAAGACAACGGUGUGGAUAUCUACGAGCCACUUUACACUCAGGGUGAAACCAAAGUCCUGAAGCUGAAAAAUCUGAGAACAAAGGAUUUUGCCGAUUAUACCUGCCAGGUGUCUGUUCGAAAUGUGUGUAACAUUGAAGACAAGUCAGUCACCUUCAGGCUCACAAACAGCACAUCUCCGCCGAUGAUCCGGCUGUCCGUCAACGACACGGUGGUGGCGGAUCCCGGCCAGGAUGUUGUCAUCACAUGCGAAGUGACCGCAGGUUUCCCUCCGCCUACUGUCACCUGGUCGCGUUACCCGGGACCGCUCCCCCUCAACGCCAAGGUUCGCGGUCCCCAGCUGAUUCUGAGGGGCGUCACACCAACAGAUGCGGGCUUCUACAACUGCACGGCUGUCAACAACGUGGGCAACCCCGCUCGUAAGAACAUCAACGUUGUUGUCAGGACUAUGAGCAACCUGACCUUCCAGAUUACUCCAGACUCCAACAAGGACAGCGAAAGCAUCCAGAUGGGUCGAGACCUCAAGCUGUCGUGUCAUGUCGAUGCCAACCCUCAGGACAAGGUCAACUACACCUGGUACAAGAACGGCGCCUUGGUCUUCAACACGGACAGUCUGAUCUUGCUGCGCAGCGACCCCGAUAUGGCGCCGGGUACCAGCAGCUUGGAGAUUGUGGACUUGAAAUUCCGAGACUUGGCAACCUACAGCUGCGUGGCAAACUUCCCGGGCAGCAGCGUGCCAGAGCUCCGAGUGGAUGUCAACAUCUCCCAGAACAGUGUAUCGCCCCCAAUUCUGAUGGUCCUUCCGAGCGGUCAGAUGGUUAGCGCACGAGAAGGCGGGACAGCUGAGCUGGUGUGCUUAGUGGAUGGCAAACCACGACCACCAAUCUUAUGGUCCCGCGUAGAAAAGGACCUGCUGAUGCCUUCUGGGAAGGCUGUGGUAGAGACGCCCGAUGGCCGCUUGAGGCUGAGAAACAUAAGCCGCGACAUGAUGGGGGCUUACCGCUGCCAGACUGCUCCUUACAACGGUCUCAACAUCAAAAGGCGAGAGCUGCAGGUCCAGCUCAAUGUGCAAUAUCCUCCCAUUCUGGACCCAGUGUUUCAGGACACACGUGCAAAGAACUCUCAGAUGGUGAACCUCAGGUGUUCGGUCCUACGCGCCAACCCGCCACGUAUCACGGACUUCCGCUGGUACCGCAACGGCGAAUUUGUCCGGAUGCCCAUGCCGGACUUGAAGGAGACCCCUCAGCUGAGAUUCAAACUGGAGCCGACCAAUAAUGGAUCUUAUGAGUGUAGAGUCAGCAAUAGUGCAGGAACAUCUACAUGUAGAUUCCAGGUUUCUGCACAACCUUACGAGGUUGAAUUCUACUUUGACACGCCCAACCCGGUGAAAAUUCUGAAAGGGAACAACUACUCUUACAACCUGCAGUGGACCCAGAAAAACCCAGAGGCCACAGAUCGUAUCAUCGGCUACUCGAUUCAUGUCCUUAAGAACAAGCAAAAAUUGAUGUCGGACCACAUCGAACUAAAGGACAAGGAGCCUGAGAAUGGGGUGCUGUUGUCCUAUGCCAUUCCUGACUUAAGAAUACCUCUUUCCUAUGAGGUCCGAUUGGCCGCCAUCACCAUGUGGAGCAAGGGGGAAUACGUCAGUCGCAUCAUCCAGUACUCAGAACCGUACACCUACCCAAGAUCCACAGACCACGUGUGUGGCUUUGAGGAUGAGAGGAUUUGUGGUUUUUCACAAGACCGAAGCGACGUUUUUGACUGGACGCGACAGAAUCACCUGACCCAGAAUCCCAAGAGGUCUGCCAAUACAGGCCCGGAGACGGAUCGCAGCGGAACCAAAGAGGGCUACUACAUGUACAUCGAAGCAUCACGGCCACGAGUUCUGGGGGACAAGGCUCGUCUGCUCUCUCCACUUUUUAACGUGACCACGGUCAGGGGCCCCAAGGGAUCCGGCAGAGUCCCUUAUUGUGUCUCCUUCUUCUACCACAUGAAGGGCAAACACAUUGGCACUCUCAAUGUUCUUUUGAAAGUGAGGAGCAUUGCCUCAGUGGAUUCCAUGUUGUGGACCAAAUCAGGUCAUCAGGGCCCAGACUGGAAGAAAGCGUACUUUGACAUCAGUCCCAGUGGACCAUUUCAGAUUGUUUUUGAAGGAAUUAGAGGGAAGAGCUUCGAGGGUGACAUUGCUAUCGAUGACGUGUCUAUCACAAUCGGCAAAUGCAAACAGCAAAACACUAUGGCCAGCGCAGGUAAGACAGUUCUGAUCGGCGGCUCACAGGCGCUUCCAUUAGCCAGAUGGAUGACCAUCAUCCUCUCUUGCGUCGUCGCCCUGUUCUGCAGAUGAUGAGCGGUUGACCACAGCGCCACCUUCUGUCUGUGCUGACAGACACUGCCCUGACUCGCGCUCUUACUUCUUCUCUCGACCCGACUCCCAGACUUCUUCCCCCCACUCGCCUUUUGUCCUCCUUGCAUCCAUGAUCCGUGCAAACGCAGCUUUUUACUUUAUUUAAACACUUUGCUCCAAUGACACACUAUAACAUAUUAUCAUGUAUUUAAGCCAAACACCUCCUCUAUUAGCCCAUUAGAUUUCAUAAUAUUCAUGUCAAGUGUCUCCUCGUCUUUAUAGUUAGCCUACAUUUAUGACCCCCUUCUUCCCUCCUCCACAUCCCCUUUCUCUCUCCCCGAGACACACCAAAGUGUCGAACACUCUUACCAAAGAUUACCUGAGGGAAAAGCACGAGGGAUUCCGCCGAGCUGGCGAACGAGACAGAUAAUGUGGGUGAAUUUUUCCUUCUGCUGACCUUCGUCACCGGCCGAGCUGCUGAGCGACAGGGACGGCUUAUACUAAGUGAAAAACGAAUGAAUGAACUGACAGAAAGAAAGGUGGAGGAAGAGGCCGUUCGUGGUAGCCUCUUUGCUCACCAUAGGGAAAGUAAGCUCAGCGUGGAUUAUAUGUACGUGUACAUUCAUCAUUAUAUAUUAAAUAUAAGCAAAGUUUAAUCAUAAGCGGGGAUGCUGAAGGACUCUAUGUAACAAAAUUAAAGAAGCACAACAUUUAUACGUCCUCUGUUGUUCCUUUGGGUUUUAUUGAACUUAUGUGACGUUACGAUUUGCCUGUUUUUGAUAUUUUUGGAUUUGUUUAUGCCGCUAUGGGCAAUGGGUGAUGUGAGUGUUGUGACACAGGUGUCAGGCGGUAACCGUACCGAGCAUAGUGAGUGUGUGCGUGUGUGUGUGUUACAUUAAGAGCUGAAAAGUGCAAGUCAUUGAAUGUCCCGGAAGAAGAAGCUGGAGAUGUGUAUGUAGCUGCUGUGGAGAGCAGAUUACGUGUACAAUUCACCUUUUCGCUAAAUCCCGCCCCAGAAAUGCAGACUAUCUUAUCAGAGUGCAGGACAGAACGCACAACUCGAAUGAAGAUAAUUUGCAAAAGGCAAUUGGAUAAAGUUAUGCGACUGUCAAUGCAGUCUGUCAAAGGUCAUGACCUCAGUUUGGCAAUGUAAUGUAGCACAGUAACCAAAUUGCUAACGUUACAUUAAUAACAUGAGGCCCUAGCAAGCUAAGCUAACCACCUGAAUGAUUGUAUCAGUAAACAGAGCGUUUGCUAGCUUUAGCCGCAACGUGUCGCGCCUUAAUGUCAUUGUCCAUCAUCUCGGUCAUUAGGCAAUGCAGCAAUUCACUUUUAUUUUGCAGGAUUUCAUUUCAUCACAUUGAAAGUUGGAUGUGACCUUCGAAGGACUGCUCGCUGAGGUGGGCGGGUCUUGGCGAAAGGUGAAUUAUGGAGGAAAUCUGCCUACAUUGUUUAGCGCUUGAAUGUCUGUCUUGUGAACAGUCACACAAAUAUUCUCGCUGUGCAAUGAAAGCGUGUAUCGCCACAUAACCGUUCAUUUUUAUUGACAUAAGAGUGAUGUUUCUUGAUACGUCACAAACCUUUGGGGUUACAUGCUUUACAUUGCGUGGUAUGGAUAUGAUUGUUAAAAUCAAGCAAUACUCAUAUCUAUAGCUCUAUAACCCAUAGUUUACCAUUACAUUUAUAAUCACAUUUGAUCUUCUUGUCCAAAUGACAUCAAUAAUGAGUUGUAAUGUAUAAUUAUGUGUUUAUUCCUACAGGUCUAAACUGUGAGUACAACUGUAGCCUGUUUAAUCAUUCAUUAUGUUCUGUAUCUCAACAAAAAUUCUCUACGUCGAUUACGGGGUGUUUUCCAGUGUUUUCUGUAUUUCGCCUGUGUCACCUCACAUUUUUAUUGUUUAUUUGUUAUUUUUUAAUCUCAUUUUGCCUUGACCACAUGCUAUUGCUGAAGUGUACAUUCUAGUGUAUGUCAAUGUCACUUUUGGUUCCCACGUAUGUCGCUCACGCUGGACAAAGCGCUACAGAUGGAUGAAUUAAAUCAAGCAAAGCAAAGCAGACCUGCGCUUUUCAACGUGUCCCGUUUUGAUCUUUUUUGUGCCUCACGGUGAACUGA